AUGGCCUCGUUUUCCCGACUUUCGCGUUUGUUCAAGCCCGGGCAGCCCUCAACCAUCACUCGCGGAGAUGAAGCAGAGGCGACAAGAGACGACGACUGGUACAUUCCAUACAAUGGACCGGUGGAGCCGCCACAGGAUCUGCACGAGAACAGGGACAGCUGGGGCCAGCUAGUGAGUGGAUGGCUCAUCGAGGGUUCACAUGAAGCGCAAGACCGGUAUGCCCGCACGACUCGCGACCGUGCCGCUUCGAACGCUUCUCGUCUCACCCAUUCCUCAGGAAUCAUUGAUCCCACUCGCCGCAGCGCUUCUACCGCACAUUACACCGCGCGACAUGCCGUUACCUCGCUCUUCAACCCUGACCAAGCUGGUGGUAUCGGCGAGUCGCCGACGCCUCUUCGCGUACCGCAGGAGCAACCCGGGCUAGAGUCGAAUCGCCACAGCAUUGCUGGCUUUCUGUCGUUCGGGAAGGGAACAAAGCGAACACGGACCAUCCAUCACGCGGCGUCUAUGAGCCAAAUCGGCCACAACACGUCAACUGCAAUGGGAGCGGUGCCAGCGAGCACGUCCAACGACUCCCUCGCCGCGCCUGAUGCAGAUGCCUUGCAGUUUCCUGAUCGCGCCGGGUCGACGCUAUUUGUACGACGCCACCCGUAUGCAUUCCCGUUCUCCGCACCUGCUACAUCUGCACCCCGACUACCCUCCCCCACCACAUCCCAGCCGCCCUAUCAACCACCACGGAAGCCGUCAUUUAGGCUUCGCGAGACAUUCUCUCAACAAACAGGACCGUUCGCUUCCAGACCCUCACACCCGCAGGCAGGCAUCAAGGCAUCCACCUCUGUGCCCAACCUCCGCGAGCGUAUGCCUGGGUUUACGCCAGUACCGGCCAGUGCCCCGAAAGGAAAACAGCGGUGGCUGUCGCCAGAAACGUGGUGCGACGCGAUUAUCCUCCCCCGGCCACGAUUUGCAGUGCACAUCGAUCCGGACGGAAAAAGUAGACGGAUUAUCAGUCCUCCUCCGAGCCCACUGCUACAAACAGAGGUCCGCGACCACCUGUUGCCGUCUCACGCAGCCUCCGCAUCGCAAAGCCGCAGCCGUGGCUAUUCUGCGCCAUCUGAUACCGCCCCGACCGGCUUGCAAAAAGCGAAGUCGACCGUUCCCUUAGUCUCCGUGUCAGAGUCACCCACAGCAGGGCCUUCCCGAGCUGCACAGGGGGGAACGGAUCGAGGUGGACGCGGCGGCGAUGAACCCGCAAUUGCCGGCCCUUCGAUGGCAAGAGCUCCGAGACCGAAGAGCUUUGCUUUAGAUGACCUUGCUCUUCCCAGCCCGGUACCUUCGUUGCAGAAGGUUCUGGAGGAAGGUAGGCAGCUCGAAGCUGAUCGCAAGGCAUGGCAAGCAAAAGCAGAACACUCCUUCCAGAAUAAACGCAUGCGGUCGUUCUCCAGAAAACGUGCGAAAUCGGCUGCUGGUGCCCAUGGCCGUCCCGACGCGCAUGACGGGCGCACCUCUGCGCUAAGUGUGCUUGCUGAACGAACUAUGCUGGGCAACCAAGCGCGCCCUCCUAAGGUGCACGUCCGCCUGCGUCCGUCUCAAUCGCAGACAUUCAGGUCGUCGGAAGAGUAUGGCACGAGUACUGGGGUAGGAGUGACCACCUUUACGACGGACUCGCAUCACACCAACGCGCCCAGCCAUGCCCGCACACGCUCGCACGCGCACUCGAAUUCCGUAGAGACGAACGCCUCGUCGCGCAACCGGACAGACGAGUCGUCCCCGCCACCGCCGCCGCUGCCGAGCGGGCAUACCCAUACACGCUCGCGCUCGCUGCACAAGUCAGCGCUGCGGCUCGUGCGCACCACCGCGUCGACGGCCGCGACGUUCUGUGGGUUCACGAGUGCGGAGAGGGUGCUCGACGCGGAGAAGGAGGAGCGGCGGGUGAUGGCGUCGCCGGUCGAAAAGGCUGCGAGCGCCGAACGGCUAGAGGGCGCGCUUCGGCGAGACGACACGCGGAUUAUCCGAUUACAGGACCAGGUGCGAAGGGAUGAGCAUUCGCGUCAGGGCGACGUUGAAGGGGUGGUUCUCAUCACGCCUGCGUCGCCUUCGGAUGAUUAUGUCGCUCAUUUUGCCAGUACAGGAGGAGUCGUGAUGGAACAGAAUGGACCUGCUGGGCUGUCGCCUGUUCCUUCCGCCGGUUCCUACUCGGGCGAUGGGAUCGGGAUCGCGAUAUCGACGCCUACUCCUUCAGACGAGGAGGCGCGACAUCGGCGUGUAGGUCGUGAGCCUCUGAGGAUGUCGACACAUCCGUAUGCACGCGGUGCUGCAUAUGCAUAUCGCACUUAUCCUUCGGUCGAUGAUGGUAGAAACGUUUCCGAAGCGCACGCGCAUGGAUUCACCGAAACUGCGGAUGAAGACUACCAUCGGCAACGGCAACCUAUUCUCGUUCAUCCAUAUGCACCGUAUGCCCAAGCGGGCAAUCCAAAGUCUUCAGGCUUGCCGAGCGCGGCUAUUUCACCGCAGCUGCUCGUCUCCAGCUCCGGUACGGAUGAGGGCCAGGAGGUGGAGUUCUCGCCAGACCAGAGCUUGUACGCGGAGAUCACUCCCGGCCACAUCCGCGAAAUCAAACCGGAAGACAUCAGAUACUCGCCCUUCACGCCACUAGAUCCAGCCAAGGGAGAAUAUGCGCAAGUGGCCAGCAAUGAUGCGAAGCCGGCAAGUCCGCCUCGCGCUCAUCCGUAUGGUCCACAAUCGAAGCGGACGAGCGAGUGGGGCUUCGCGGAUGCGUUGGCGAAGACUCUCGUAGACAGAGGAAGCAUCGACAGUGGGUUGGGAAUGAGCGAUGGUCGUGAUUAUGGCAAUUCCUCGGAGUUGGGCUCCUCCAAGCCACAGAGGAACGAAGAGAGCAGCGAAGUUGAGGCCGUCCAGAUCAAAGUGCCUCCUGUACCGUCGCUGGAUGUUCCGCGCUGGGUACCACUUGGACAACGCACUCAUCCCACCCACGUCCGCGAGCGGACGCAUUCCUCGUCAAAUCAGACGAUAGCAUCGUUACCAAUGGAAGGCGUGAUUCCUCCUAGUUUUCGGCGGCAGCGAUCGUCUGGACGCCUGACAGGCCACUCGUCCGGAUCGUCUCCGGGCAUGAUCUCUCAUGAAUCGUCCCCGCCUCUUUCUCCGCGCCCGCUGAAUGUUGGAGACGACCUUGAGAGGUUCCGUGAUCUGUUCUAUCAGCCGCCGGCGGGGAGCAGGACGCCGUCAUCAGAGGAACUGUCUUCGCCGGCGUCGCCCUUACAUCCCCCAGGAAGUGUGCCCAUCGACGUCUCCUCGCAGAGCACACGGACUGCGAGCGGACUAACUACUCUGGCCCGCCAGCUGGCUGAAGAUAUAGAGGACUUGCGCGAGAUGACGCGGGACUCCGUCGAUAGCAGAGAUGCUCUUUCACCUGUGUCGGGCGGACGUCUUGGUAGUGUGCGCAGUGGACGUCAGGAUAGCACUGCAUCUCAUCCAGCCGUUGUGCUAUCGCGGACGUCUUCCUACACGAGUUCUCCUCCUGAUGCGACUUCGCCUCUACGCUUCCCUCUCGACCAACAUGCCUCCUUGGCGCAACCGAUUAUCAAUGUACCCGAAGAUGUUGAGGAGUCCUCACGGGCAUCGUUCAUCCUUGAGCCGCAGACGUCGGAUAAUGAUGACCACCUGCGCAUCGGUAUCGUCGAGGCUCACGGAACCCCUCCCACGUUAUACAGCCCUGACCGUUUAUCUACGCACCUCUCCUUGAUCCAUUUCACGCGAGAUGACCGCAACACAGCGCAAGCCGAAGAGCAGCCUGACAAUCGCGUUGGCUCAUUUCAGUCCAGUUUAGGCGUUCCCAGACCUGGCGACCAAUUCCGUUCCAGUUACAUGACUGGUGAUACUGGCACGUCGCGCAUGUCUGGGUUGUCCGACUUUCCUGUGCCUCCUGCAGAUUUCACUCCUGAGCAUAUGUCAGUGCUUAAUACGUACUUCGAAAACAGAUUUGACUCGGAGCCAACGUCAUUUGCGGAUGAGACAGUUCCACGUCCCGGGUGCAUGCUUGCCAGAGAGCCCAGUAGGGGAACCUUUGGUGGACGGGAUGAUGUUGGUCAAGCAUUUUGA